AUGUCGGACGACGAAGCCGACCCCGAGCUCCUGGCCCUCCUUCGCAAGUCACUCGGACUAGAUGGUGGGCCUGCUAACCCACGGACUGCGGAGACGAAAGUCCUCGAAAAUGCGCAAUUUGUUUUCGAUAAUGCCGUUGACGUUGCGCUGAGUCCGGCGAAGGUUAAGGAAGCGGCGGAGACAAUAUGGCGGCUGAUGCAGAAGAAGAAUUACUCAACCGAGACAUGGACAGAUCACGAGUUGCACCCUAAGGCGAAAGACGGAAGCACAGUUGACUUCAUAUUCACGAUGGACCUUUUGAACUUCAGCUUCUGGUCGGACCAAACAGACCCGUCCAAGCGAUUCUGUAUUGAGUAUCGGGGGAAAAAGUGGACAGGCUAUUGGAGUCUGGUAGCCGCAUUACAAAGGGCUUUAGAUGAGGGGAUCCAGAUCACCAAACCAGAAUUCUGGAUCAACGAGGAGGAAUGUACAGACGCUCUUUUGAGACAUGUUUUUCGAUCAGCGAGUGAAGAGGAGAUUCCACUACUCGAUGAACGUCUCCAAUGCCUUCGUGAAGCAGGCAGGGUCCUUUGCUCGGACUUCGACGGCAGCUUUGUAAACUGCAUUUAUAGCGCCAAUUACUCCGCCGCAGCCCUUGUCAAUGUUCUUGUAGAAAGCUUUCCCUGCUUCCGAGACGAGACAGUUUUCCAAGGCCAGCGAGUACGAUUGUACAAACGCGCACAGAUACUCGUGGCAGAUCUUUGGGCGUGUUUCAAUGGAGAAAGUUAUGGAGAGUUUUACGAUAUUGACAAAAUCACGAUGUUUGCUGAUUACCGAAUCCCGCAAAUGCUCCAUCAACUUGGUUGUCUUCUGUACUCCCCAUCGUUAGAGGGUCACAUCAGGAGCAAUAAGCUGAUUCCCAGUGGGUCCAAUUGGGAAAUUGAGCUGCGCGCAACCAGCAUCUGGUGUGUUGAAUUGAUUCGGCGUGAGAUUGAACGGAUAAACGCUAUCUUGAUCGAUUUCUUCUUGUAUGAUACAGCAAAAGAGAUGGAGAGGGACGGACGCGAGACAAUUCCGCAUCACAGGACGAGAAGCAUUUGGUAUUAG